AAACACAGUUUUAUCAUGAAUAUGAAUAUUAGGAGCUAGUUUUCUCAGCCAAAACCAGCAAACAGCCACCAGAUCUGGAAGGAGGCUCUUUGUACAACAGUCAACAUUUUUAACUAUUCUUGGUAUAUAAAAGCCAACCUAUCUUCAUGGGUUCUUUGGACAGAAGCUCAGAAUCUGAAGUUAUAACCAUUGAUGUUAAGGCAGCCAAGGGUUUGCAUGAAUCUGGCUAUAUCUAUCUAGAUGUUAGGACUGUGGAAGAAUUCAAGAAAGGACAUGUGCGUGCAGAGAAGAUAUUUAACAUUCCUUACAUGUUCAACACACCAGAAGGGAGGGUAAAAAACCCUAAAUUCUUGGAGGAGGUUUCAGCUAUUUGCAAAAAGGAAGAUCAUCUUGUUGUGGGCUGUCAGAGUGGAGUCAGAUCUCUAUAUGCAACUGCUGAUCUAUUAACUGCUGGUUUCAAGGAUGUGAGCAACAUGGGAGGAGGUUAUCUGGAUUGGGUGAAGAAUGAAUUACCAGUGGAGAUGGAAGAGGAGCCAAAGAUUGAGCUCUAAUUUGUAAAAACAGAGUAAACAAAAAAUAUAUAUGUAAUUUAGAAAUAUUAUUUCCAAGUAUUUCAUAGAGGAAAAGAAAUCAUUUCAACAUAUGUAAACAGUUGUGCCCAGAUUCUGUAUUUUGUAAUUUAUAUUUAGAAUCCUGCUAUGUUUUUUCUUUUUUUUAUAUGAAUUAAUAUCGGAUUAAUAAAUGAAAAAAAAAUCAUUUUUA